GACUGGUGGCUUUGUCAUGAGUCUAGCAUCGUUGCUUCUGCUGCUGGCUCCAUUGGUGCAGGCAACGAAAUUGCUGAGCGCUGACUCACCCGAGUGCCCCUGCGCACAGAAUGCAGCUGACUCGAGUGCUCGAGAUGCCCACCAGGCAGGACUCUCUUUGACACAAGUGGGAAAACAGGUUCCGAUGGCAGUUGGCUUCACGCCCCCUCCAUUGCCUGACAUCGAGGUGCCUCCGGCUGUGCCAUUGCCAGCCUCGGGCCCACCACCGCCGCCGCCUCCACCAGCUAUUCCCUCACUUCCUCCUGUUCCAAACGUCGGGCCUGAGGACAUCCCACUGCAGAGCAUGGAAGGCGAAAAUACCAAGUCUUGGUACACAGUGCCUCCCAGCGUGGCUGCCAUGGUGAACCGCACCGUGACACCGUUGCCCAUGGCAUAUCCUUCGGCUGCUGUUCCGGCCUGCCUUGCUUGGCUCCUUGUGAUCACUGCCAAUGGUGGCUGCAUCUGGCAAGGCAGCGCCGACAGCAAACGAUCUCAUGCCGAGGUUCUUGCCAGCACCCGUGGUGCCUUCUCAGGUGCAGGCCGAGGCAAUCCGACACACGCUGCAAAAUUGGCCAAUGCCACCUACACUGGCAGCUGGUCCAGCUGCUGCUCCCGCACCAGCACCUGCAGGCUUCCUGCAGAGAGCGACAAGGGAGGCAGUAAAGCGUUCCAGCAGCUGCCCCUGCGCAUAGAAGCUGGUAGCAGUGUCACGUGUGGUGGAGUGACCCCACCGGCGACAUGCGAUUCAGACUGCUUGCUUAACGCUGCCGCCGGCUCACAGCUUUGGUCGGUCGCAAUGGUUUGCACAGUUGGACAGGCGUCCAUGAUACUCUGGAUCUCUUUGCUGCUUUGGCCGCGAGCAGCGGGUGAACCCUGGACAGAGGAGAAUGCGGCGUGGAACAUCAACUUCCAAGCAAGCCAUGAGCCGAUGCACUACUGGGGGCAAUGGCCAUCCCACAAUUAUUUCCCUUCGCCGCCGGACUGGCGCAGUCUCGUCAUUUACCAGUUGAUUACGGAUCGUUUCGCAGACGGCGACCCACACAACAACGAGCUUUUUGCCGGAGGUUUCGAUGUCAGGGAUAUGACAUUUCGACAUGGCGGCGAUUUCGCCGGGUUAACGAAGAAGUUGAACUAUAUCAAGGGCCUCGGGUGCAAUGCUGUCUGGAUUUCACCCAUAUUUCAGAACGGCUACAACUUCUACCACCAGUAUGCGCAGAUUGAUUUCACGGUCCUAGACAGGCGGAUGGGAACUCUUGAAGACCUCCGCAACCUUGUGAACGAAGCCCAUGCCCUCGACAUGUAUGUCAUUAUUGACGUUGUGAUGAACCACAUGGCAAACGACUUCUAUUUCGAGGGCCACGCGAUGAGCCAGGCCACGUGGCGAUUCCAUGAGGAUGGGGGCAAGCGUGAGUACAAACUGAAACCGCGAGCUACCCAGGCCUCUUACUUUCACGGCAUGGUGUGGUGCGACGGCGAUGCGCUCUGGCAAUCCUUCGGAAACGAGCCCACAGGCAUCCUCCUCAACAUGGACGCCUGCGAGGACAGAUGUCAAUCAGACCCCGAUUGCUUCUAUUUCCUCUACAAAAACGAUCCGGGCUCCUUGAGCACGUAUCAUUGUGCCGGCUUCAACUCUUGCAGCUCUCCAACCCCCUACACUGAUGGUCAGGCACAUGUCUACAAGAAGUGGGUUUGGCCCGUAAAAGCCGUUCAAGAAGCAGCAGAUGUUUGGUGUGGAAGCCACUUGUGGCAAGAAUACGGGCACGAAGCAACCGGUCUGCUUGUAAACCAGGACACUUGCGAAGCCGCUUGUGCUUCCGAUGCAUCUUGUCAGUUCUACCUUUGGAAGGACGACCCUGCCGCAAACACACGCUUCCAUUGUGCUGGCUUCGGAACAUGUGCAGAAGCUGAUCAAACUCCGUUCGGGGAUGGUGAUGCUUCCAAAAUUUUUCAGAAAAGGACCAAGGCUGAGAGAGACAAGGAUGGCUUGUAUCACACACCUGCUGGACGCCAACCAUAUGCUGACUUCUGGUACAGCAACGCGUGGGAUCCGGCUGCGCAGUACAACGGGACCCUCUACGGUCAAUGGGGCGAGAAUGCAACGGACACGGGCUAUGGCACAUACAUUGAAUCAGAUUUUCAUCACAACGGAGAUCUGAUCGACUACCACGAUCCUUGGGAGAUUAACCUUGGUAAAAUCUACGGUGUUAUGGAUGACUUGCGCCUGGAGCAGGACCGUGUCCAGCAGAAGUACAUAGCAAUGACCAAGGCCUUGAUCGAGACCGCUGAUGUGGAUGGGUACCGUGUGGACACCCCAAUGCAGGUGCCCUUGAACUUUUACAAAGCUUGGGCACCAGCAAUGAGAGCUCAUGCGAAGACGCUCGGCAAAGAUCGCUUUGGGAUCUUUGGGGAGUUCUUCGUGAGCGCAGAGCGCUAUGCUACCAUGACCGGUCGAGGUCGCGACAAUUCGAUGUACGGCCAGGAUCGGUUUAUUGACGACAUAGCGACGCUGAAAGGCGGUAUUGUCUACCCGUACUACUGGUAUGUCUUUACUGCGAUGGUGUACCAGCGCCCAGAGUAUGCAGAUGGUCUUCCGUUGGCAUAUGUCGAAGAGAACAAGAUGAUUGACACAUAUGAUCCAACAACCAAUCGUCACGAGUACUCGAUGUGGACGUUUUGUAACAAUCACGACAACUGGCGGCUGCAGAGUAUGACUGGCAAGCCACACUUCGUGAUGUGUCUUGCAGUCAUUACCUUCUGGCCAGGUGUUCCUCUUCACUACGCAGGCGACGAGCAAGACUUUGACACUCCUGGCAGUGCUCUCGACGGAUGGGCCCGAGAAGAGCUAAGUACAUCCUUGGCUUGGCGAGCAGUCCGCACGCAGGAAUCUGGCAAUCCAGCAGAUGGAGACAAUUUCGACAUGACCCAUCCAACCUACUUGUACAUCGGCCGGCUCAGUGCCCUGAGACGAGCCUACUUCGGCAAUUUCGGAGCUGAAGAGUGCGACGAACUCCAGUACCCUUCAUACGCGACCCCAGAUGUGCUUGUCUUUCUGCGUGGCUGCAAUGCUUCCAGCAAGGUCUUGGUAUUCGCAAACUUCCACACCACAGAGAACAGAUCUGCAUCCAUUGAUGCGCUUCCGUGGGCCUCCGGCACUCGACUGACGGAUUGCAUUGUGAACCAAAACGAGGGGCCGGCAGAAGUCCUUGUUUCCUCGGGAAGCGUCUCCGUCUCACUAGGUCCAUUGCAGGCUCUGGCUUUCGUUGAAAAUGUGGCGGCAGUUCCUCCUUCGGUUACCGAGGUCUCGCCUCGACAUGGUUCCACAAUUGACACCGAGGAGAGCAACCUAACAAUCACGCUGCGUUUUGAUCGCACCGUUGACUCCUCCAUGGUCUCCAACGUACUCCUCGACAACACUUCGGGAGGGUUUACAUGCACAGGGAAUACCUGCACGCGAGAAGUAGCCAUGACGUCGUUGUCGGAUGGUCAUCACACUCUGGAGGUUCGCGCGGGUUCAGCAACCACAGACGGAAUGCAGCUCCAUGCCUCCUUCGAGUCUUUCUUCUUGUUGGACCGACAGCAAGGUGCAAUAUCCAAGACAAUCCACGAGCAGCCUGGCCUCAUCUGCAACUUUGGGAGGGAGCUCUGUCACAAUGCUGUCGGGUCCACCCUGUUUCGGGCCCAGAACGUGGGUGGGAAUUGGUCGGAGUGGAGGCCAUAUGCUUCGACCACCGCCUGGGAAGCACAGCUGGACGUGCCGGUCCUGGUCCAAUAUUUUUCUCAACUCAGUGCAGGUUUCAUUGUAGGUGACUGCCUGGCCUCCACAGGCAGACGCUGCCAUGUGAGCUGGCAUGACCGAAUGUUCCUGCGCGGUGAAUUGAAUGAUUGGGGCGGUUCGGACGAAGGGCAUAUGACGCUGAUAAGUUCGUACACCUGGGCAUCCAACAUCACACUAAGCAAGUUUAUCCGUGCCCGCUUUACUCCCACGAAUGAUUGGUCCAAGUCUUACGGAGCCCACCCUGUUCGGGAGCUCUUGUACAAUGUUCCGACCUUCGAUGAACGUCACAGGACCUUCGACAUCGUGCCCACGAAGUCCGGCUCGGAGCCAUGCCGAGAAUGGAUGGUGAAUCGCAGCUUGUGGUCGGAACAUGAGACCAUAGCAUCCGGUGCGGAAUUUGCCAUAGAUUUGUGGCUGAGUCCCUUCUGUACGGCAGCCACGCCGCAAUGUGAGCCAGAUCCCGACGCGCAGUGGCAAUGUCACUCGUACCAGACUGGCCAGGAUGCUGCGUGGUGUGCUUCGGUUGGGUCGGAAGGCUGCUUCGAGUACAGCACGAAUGACGGGAGUGAAGGGAUGAGCUCGUGCGGUCCCUGCUUCUGCUGCAAGCGGAAAGUCUCAGUUGCCCAGUCAGCGUCAGAAGCUACUUGCUGCAUCAAGUUCAAUGACCUGUACCUGAACUACACGAUUACCCCAGAUCUUUCUCAAUGUGCACCGGGUGAACCUGUUGAUCAGCGGGUGCUGGAAGCUUCCUUCAUCGUUGCGGUGCAAAUUGAAAACAUGUCUGACUUUGAACCUAAAUCGAACGAGAUUCAUGGGAGCCUUAUUGCUGGAGCAUACAGCAGUGCAACUCCGAAUGUCAGCAUUGCGGAUGUCGCCUACAUGGUCAGUGCAGAGUUCGAGCUCCUGAACUGGACAGGUGCAUGGCAGGCGGCUGCCACGGAGAUCUGUGGCAUCCUGACUGUGCGAAAUUCAACUUGCUCAUCUUCAGGUGCCGAUGUCAUCCGGGCAGAGGUUCGCACAGCUGAAGCAGAUGAUGCCGGCACACUGCAUGGUCUGGCCAAAGACGUCCAGCACAUGCAACACCUGCUCAGAAACGCCUCUGAUGUUGCCGGAAAUGCUUCCCUGCGCUUGAUCAUGCCCCCUGUGCUGGAAAUGUGGCUCUUGACAGAUGUGGUCGCCUUUGCUUCCGACUGGCAGGCUCCUGAUCUCGCUCCAAAUGUCUCAGAUCUGACACGUGAGUUCUCCAGUGGAUACUCUCGUGCCGUGGUGCUGUCUGUGUUGCCUUCGCCAUUGGCGAGCACAACUACAACUACACUUGCACCAGCAAGCACCGCAGCGCCCAAUGUCUCUACGACUAGCAGCACGGUCAUAAGCUCGAGUUCGGCGGUCACAAAUGACUGUGUUGAGUUGGCGGUGAAGAGUGCUGGCGCUCUGGACGGCAACCUUGUAGAGUUUUUCAUCGAUGGCUCGCAAGUAGAGAUGACCCCGGGGCGGGGCUUGAGUGUUGUUGUUCUGGAUGAACAUGGCACGAGCGCAUCGGAGAUGCAUGUUUUCGACACGGGAUUUCAAGCGAGUGGUUCGGCACCCCUGGCUUCAUUGCUGAACAGCCUCUCGGAAGGCGUCGGCGUAAUGAUUGCUGCCAUGGAUGAUGCUUCGGACAACUUGACACUAGCUGCGAUAAAUGCGAUCAAGGAGCUUGGGGCAACGCAGAUAGACAAUCUUGGCUACAGGGGGUCGUAUGCAUUGAUUGGCGUUAAGGGCCGAUCGGCUGUAGCAGAGAGGCUGGCGGCAUCAGGGGAAGGCCAUGUGCAGGUCAGCGGUAGAAAUUCUUGGAAGCCAGAGUGUGCCGCCACCACUUCAUCUGUUGCGAAUGCUGGUGAUCCGAUUGCAUUGCGAGUUCGCAGUGCGGGGGCGGCUGAUGGGAACUUCGUUGAGUUCUACGUCAAUGGCGCUCUUGUUGACGUGGUUGCCGGACGGGGCCUGACGGUAGUAUCUUUGCAAGAUGGGCAGCUGCAGACGCAUGUCUUCGACACCGGCUUCGAAGGUUUGGGCUCGGAGCCAUUGGUCAGAUUCUUGCAAGGCUUACCGUAUGGAACGCUUGUCAUGGUCGCUGCUAUGGAUGAUGCGACCGACAACCUAACCGCAGGGGCGAAAACUGCUAUCGAGGGCCUGGGCGCCAGCGAGAUCAGAAGUCUGUCAUACCGAGGGUCAUACGCACUGAUUGGUGUGCAAGGGGGCCUGGCACUUGCAGAGCGUGUUGCUGCUUCCGGAAGUGGUUCCGUUGAGAUUGCAAGCACUUGGCUCUGCGAGUUCUACGACUACGAGCUCCAGCCAACAAGACCAGUCAGAGACGACAACGGAACCGGAUGGAUCAGGCUUCAGCUCAUCGACUGGCUCCACUACGGCAUCAGAAGUUGCUUCGACCACCCUUUCGCCCCUACCGACUCAGAAUCCAGAGGGCCCGUCUUCCACGGCAAGGAGCUGGGAACCUUGGACAAUGGUUUUGCGGAUGUGGUGCUGAUGGAACAUGCCGAAGGUGAUUUGCUUCUGGAAUCCCAGAAGUGGCCCUUUCUCGUUGCCAUGGCUUUCGGAAGAUGGCGUUCAACCCCGAGAAGCUUGGCCUGUGACUGUGACGAGCCGAAGCCCUUUUCUGCAAAGGCUGAGCCGCAGGGGACGCUCCUUUUCAUCAACGACCUCUCGGACACCUCUGCCACAGCGAUUGCGCUGUACCUCUGCGCUGGCGAAGAUAGUGAAGUUCGAACUACGGGGGGAUGGCCAAACAAUGUAAGCUCUGCAGACUUGGCGGGGGAGUAUGCGCCGCUGGUUGCAGAAAGGCGCAUGAGCGCUCGGACCCUGAGUGCCGCCUGUACGGUACAACUACACGGGGGACACAGCCCUUGCGCAGCAGCUCUUCAAAAGCAAAAGCAGCUCCACGACGUGCAGAACCUCUUCGAGGGGGACCAAGAGACCGUGACCGGGACCAACAAAAGCCGACUAGGGGGACAUCGGCUGCAUGGACCCUCAAUGCGCUCCCGACUGCGGGAGAUCCUUCAGAUCGAGGUUGCAUGGGGGAACCGUCCCUUGCGGUGGUCCCCAACCAAAGCCAGACACUACGAUGAAGGCUUGGGGCGCUACCAUACCGAGGUCGAAGAAGAGCAGCUACAACGUGACCACGAACUCCGCUGCAGAAGCAAAGAGCUUUACAAAAAGGGGGUCGUAACAUUCCGAUACCUACGAGCCCACCAGUGCAAAAUCCGACGCUUUCUGGACCGCGUGGCAAAAAACUGGGGGUGGAUUGACAGAGUGCACAGAGCCUGCCUGCGGAAGUGGGGGAGAAACCCACCAGAAGCCGGGGGAUCUGAAGACUACAGCGACGAGAUCCUCGACCUUCCGACUCCUGAGUGGCUCAACGUCGAGGAGGGGGAAAAGGCCCCUACAACACCUUACUCCGCCUCUCAACAAGGGGAAGAAGACGACGAUAUACGCCUGGUUUCGUCUGUUCCUGCCACCACUGAGGAAACGGGGGAGCAAGCUCCCAGAACACCUCUUUCUGCUCAGGGGAGACGGCCGCAGCUAUGGAUCUGGGGGCGCAAGCUCCAAUUACUCCAGAAUGGCCCGAGGGCCGACUGCCACCCAGACGACCACUGCCUGGAUCCGUGGGGCAGGGGAACAAGUUUGACGUUGCGCUGGAGCGCUUUGCUUUAUCUUUACUUCAUUUCUUCGUUGAGCGAGAUGGGUACCUGCGUUGUCUCCACCCCGAGGUGCUAA